AUGGCUCCCUCAGACGAGCCAGCACAGAAAGGAGGCAGGGAGGAGAGAGAACUUGGACAAGUCCCGAAUGAAAUGUUGCGACAGGCAGCAGCAGCAGUGGCCGGCGAGAACGACGCGACCGCAUCCGAGCGAAGGCACACGGGACAAGAUGUGCCAUUAGAGGUAGCAGAAGGCCUCGAUACCACACAAACUGAGCACGAUGUCCCGCCUCCAGCGUAUGGCGAAGACUAUGGCACCGUAUCCCAGGAGCAAGAAGGGUUUGGUACCAAGGCGAGCGUGGCAGAGGAUGGACGUGUCAACAUUCGAAUCGAUCAGAGAAACAGGAGAUUGUCACAGCUACUGGUGCCCAGUCUUGCUCAGCUACAGCGAGCAGCUGAUGAGGAACAUGCGCCGCCUCCACCCUACAUCCCGCCAUCACUGGGUGGUGAAGAGGGUAUCGCUCCUCCGCCGCCUAUGAAUGUUGUCAUCCAAGUCGUUGGAUCAAGAGGUGAUGUGCAGCCAUUCGUGGCACUGGGCAAGAUCUUGAAAGACAGGUAUGGACAUCGAGUACGCUUGGCCACUCACCCCAACUUCAAGGACUUCAUCACCGAAAACGGGCUGGAGUUCUUCAGCAUUGGCGGAGAUCCCCAGGCACUGAUGGCGUUCAUGGUGAAGAACCCUGGACUCAUGCCUGGCUUCGACACUAUGCGAUCAGGCGACGUCGGCAUGCGACGAAAGGAAAUUGGCGAGUACCUCAAAGGCUGCUGGCGGUCUUGCUUCGAGACUGGUGAAGGCUUGGGCAUCGAAGCAACCGAUCAGACCAUCGAAGACUGGACAAGGCAGCAUGCAGACGAAGACGACUAUCUACACCGACCUUUCGUCGCGGACUGUAUCAUCGCCAACCCACCGAGCUUUGCACACGUACACAUCGCCGAGAAGAUGGGCAUCCCGCUGCAUGUGAUGUUCACCAUGCCUUACUCGCCCACGCAAGCUUUCCCUCACCCACUUGCGAACAUUCAGUCAUCGAACGCCGAUACGCACUUGACGAACUACAUCUCGUACGCACUAGUGGACAUGCUAACAUGGCAAGGUCUGGGCGACGUCAUCAACCGCUUUCGGCAGCGAAGUCUUGGUCUCGAUGCGAUUAGCUUGAUGUGGGCACCGGGUAUGUUGCAAAGACUACGCAUACCGCACACGUACUGCUGGUCGCCUGCACUCAUCCCGAAGCCGAAAGACUGGGGAGCCAACAUCAGCAUUUCGGGAUUCUUCUUCCUGGAUCUUGCUUCGAACUACGAGCCAGACCCCGAACUGAAGGCCUUUCUGGAUGCCGGGCCUCCGCCUGUCUACAUCGGAUUCGGUUCAAUCGUGCUAGAUGACCCAAACGGUAUGACGAAGAUGAUCUUCGAGGCUGUAGAGAAGAUUGGGCAGAGAGCACUAGUAUCGAAAGGUUGGGGUGGCGUUGGUGCAGACGAGCUAGGCAAGCCUGACAACGUGUUCAUGCUUGGGAACUGCCCCCAUGACUGGCUCUUCAAGCGAGUCUCGUGUGUAGUGCAUCAUGGUGGUGCAGGCACAACAGCAGCUGGUAUCACUGCUGGACGCCCCACAUUGGUGGUGCCUUUCUUUGGAGAUCAGCCUUUCUGGGGUGCGAUGGUUGCCCGAGCAGGUGCAGGUCCGGAACCCAUUCCCCACAAGCAGCUCACUGCCGACAACCUCGCGGAAGGCAUCCAGAAGUGUCUAGAACCGCAAAGUCAAGAGCGAGCGCAUGAGCUCGCCGACAAGAUUGCCCGCGAGAACGGCAGUGAACUGGGAGCGCAGAGCUUCCACCAAUUUCUGGACGUCGACAAGCUGAGGUGUAAUUUGGCGCCUUCACGGCCAGCUGUAUGGCGCAUCAAGCGUACGCAGGCUCGACUGAGCGUCCUGGCCGCCUGCACAUUGGCGCAAGAAGGAUUGCUCGAUUUCAAUGACCUGAAGCUGUUCAGACCACGAGAGUACGAGACCGAUGAGGGGCCAUGGGAUCCGAUCACUGGUGGCGCGACAGCUUUGAUCGGUACCAUGAGUACCAUGAUGCUUGGUGUUGCUGACUUCCCUAUCGAAACACUGAAGGCACUGAACAUUCAUCCCGACUCGAAGGCCAACAAGGCUAAAGCGCAAGCGGCGAAAGAAGCCGAAGGAAAGGGAAAGCAACCUGAACGCUCAGAUAGCCCGGGUAACUCCACAAGAUCUGGCCUCGAAGGGCGACCGUCUGGAGAUACUGCAGUGCACGGCUCUCCUUCGCCGUCAGGCACCUCAACACCGCGAAGUGGUGGCGACUCGGCGCUCUUUAGUGAACCAACAUCGCAACCUUCGAGUCGAUCAGGGUCCACCUUCAACGUGAACGAGUCCCUAGCCAAGCUCAACACGGGUUCACUGUCGCCUGGAUCUGGAUCAAGAUCUUCUUCAAUGGCAGAUGCACUCAGUGGGUCGCUCGGUGGUGGCAACAGACCACGCUCGAGAUCAAACAGCCGCAAGCCGAGUCCGAAGGGAUCUUCCUCCUCCAACGCUGGUGGCAUGAUGCAGACUGCCACGAAUACAGGUAAGGGUGUCAAUCGGAUCAUUGGUGCUGGCCUAAAGUCGCCUAUGGACUUCACAAUGAACCUGUCUAAAGGUUUCCGCAAUGCACCAAAGCUGUAUGGCGAUACGACUGUGCGACCGGCCGAGAAAGUCACAGACCUCAAGUCUGGGCUCAGAGCAGCCACGAAAGAGUUUGGAUUUGGCAUGUAUGAUGGCAUUACCGGUCUAGUAAGUCAACCUGUCAAGGGCGCUGCGAAAGAGGGAGCAGCUGGUUUCUUCAAGGGCAUUGGCAAAGGCAUCGGUGGGAUCGCGCUAAAGCCCGGCGCUGCCUUCUUCGCCAUUCCAGGCUACACAAUGAAGGGCAUCUAUAAGGAGGUACAGAAGCAGUUCGGCUCAAGCGUCCAGAACUACAUCAUGGCUGCCCGGACUGCGCAAGGCUUCGAUGAGUACCACCGUGCGUCUAUUGAGGAGAAGCAGGACAUCAUCAUGAGGUGGAAGGUGUUGCAGAAGAAUCUUAAGAAGAAACGCAACCCUGAUGAGCUCGUGAGAGACAUUCUCGAUGAGCAAAUGAAGAAGAAGGAAGCUUGGCUUGAAUCUCGGAGAUGCGGACAGGACGACAAGCAGACUGGUCGAAGCCGGGCAAACAGUCGCACAUCAGCGAAGUCGCGCGGGACUGAUGAUCCUUAUCAACAUGAUCCGGAGAAUGACAUGCUUGCUAUGGGUACGUCGCAGUCAUCGAGUGCCGCCCAAGAGGAUCAAUAUCGCAUUGCAGAAGAGCGCGCGCUCGAAGAGGCUAUCAGGCAGUCCGUUGCUGCGACCUCUCGCGGAGAUUCCAAAGAAGAUGCCCGUGUAGCAGAAGGCAUGAGAGCCAACAUGGCCGAGGUCCAAAGAACGCGCACUGCCAGAGCUGCAGAUGAUGACGAUGAAGACAUGCGACGAGCCAUGGCAGAGUCUGCAGCUGAAGCAGAACGAAACCAGCACGAAAGCCAACGUCACGACACCGAGCUCGAGCGCGCACUGGCUCAGAGCCUCCGGGAGCAAAGAGGCUGGCAAGACAGCGACGACGAGCAAAUGGUCCAAAGCCCGAUCUCGGAAGCUACAAUACCAGCGGACGAGCCACCUGCCUACGACCCGGGUCACCUCGCUGGCACAACCCAGGAAGAGUAUGAACGAAAUCACAGCGAGAAGCCUGGUAGGAGCGAGAAAACUUCGGCGGAACAGGAAGAGGAGCGGAUUGUUAUGGAGUAUAUCAAGAAGCAGAGUGUGCUGGAGGAGGAGAAUCGGAAGAAGGCGAAGGCGCCGCAGAUUCAGGUGAAUGAUGAGGACGAUGAAGAGUUGCAGCGCGCGUUGAAGAUAAGUAUGCAGGGGCAUGGACAGCAUGGAGAGGCGUCUGGGUCUUAG